GCAAUUUUCAAUUCAACUGCUUAGUCUCGUGGAACACGUAAUUACGAGAGUUAUUAUUUUGUUAUUGUUAAAAGCUUAUCUGUGACACCUAAACAGGAUAUUUCGUAGACUUGUAUUGUACGAAACCACUUCUAUAUCAGGAGCCCAGUGUGUCGAGGAUCAGUUUAGAAUCAGUUUUGUAAAUCUCUGCGACGAUGGCGACGGUAUUUAAAUCUUUUAUCGUUAUAAUCGUUUGUUUUCAUUUGAGAUUUUCUCACGGUUUUAAACUACCAUACGAUGAAGUUAAAAUAGUCACAUACGGCGAACCGUGUCAUCCGUCGCGUUAUCUACCUGUUACAAUCGAGGAACCUAUAAAGCCUGUGACAGAACGCAUUUCACCUACAUCUUGUGUUUAUCAACCACUAAAAUUAAAUUAUCGAGUGAUCACUAAUAAAUCGAUUCAACCUUAUCAACCGCAAGCGGAAUACCCAAUUUCUAUACAAGUACCUCAGGUAUCUCAGUCUUUGGCUGAAAUAAUUACGCCGGAUCUUCUUCGAGGGAAGUCCUAUACGUAUAACAUCCAGACCUUACCAUCUCCACCCGUACCAAUCUCGACAAGAUACGAUUUUGAUUUUCAAGUACCAUUUUCACCAAUUUCAGAGGCUGAACUAACCCCACAAUCUGUUAAACCAGUUAAACUAUUGACUGGUCUUACUAGCAGAAUUGACAGAGUUUUACUUCCUGCCUGCCAAGUGCCAUCUUCUAGCUGCUGUAAAAGUGCAUUGUAAUAUCACAUGAAAUUAUUGAUAACGCGGUAUUUCUCAUCAAGACACACAUGAGAAAUACAUAGUAUUUGACAGAUAAAUAAAUAAAGAAAUUUAAGAAAAGUGA